CUCACCCCUACAUUUGACGCGUGGAAUAAGGUUCGCUCUUGGUGUUGGUGCAAGAGUAUGGAAUGAGAUACAUGGCUGCUGGGUGCUCCGACUCAUUCGAAGACCGCACUCUCAUUUCAGGGCAAUGUCGUCGACUGCCUCCACGAGCCACGCCAACCCCGAGUCCCAGCGGCCCAGCCGUGGCCGCCUGGUGGCGAGGUACUCGAGCUUCGUUGACUUCACCACGGCCCAUCCUCACCCACCGACGACGACUACGGUGUUGCAGUGCGACCUCCAGGAGCCCGAGGUGCGGUGGGCGUUGAAGGCGCAUUCCUGCCAAAAUUCGUCCUGGACUGUCGUCUGGAUCAACCUCGAGAACGUGGCCGGGAGCCACAAGAGUCAGGUGACCUUCACGGCUAAAGUCACUUCCGACUCAGUGGUUCUCAAAGAAGAGAGCGCCGUGGCUGCCAAUGGUGGGAUAUACACGACGCACUUGAUCCUCAACAGCGGCCUGUACAGACUUCAGGUGCAACUUUUCAUGUACGAGAAGUGGCCUCCUGGCGAAGUUGAAAAGGACAGGGAUCUGAGCUGUGACCUGGCCAAGCUGUUCAAGGAAGGUGUCCUGAGCGACGUCGUCCUCCAGGUCCAGAGCGGCGACCGGGCUGACGGCGGCGUGGCGCGUGAGUUCCGCGCGCACAAGGCGGUGCUGUCUGCACGCAGUCCCGUCUUCCAGUGCCUCUUCACGACCGACAUGGCCGAGUGCCGGACCGCCACGGUGCCCGUCAACUUCUCGGUCGAAGUCACCGAGCGCAUCCUCUGGUACGCUUACACUGGCAAAAUGGAGCACGAGGCCAGUGAGCAACAAGUCCGCACGAUGGCCCAGAAUUUGGAUGUGCUUGCUGCGGCCGACUUCUACGAUAUGCAGCCUUUGAAAUCGUACUGCGAAGAACUGCUUUUGAAGCAAAUUGGGAGUAGACCGGAAGAGGUGCUGCGGACCAUCGUGCUGGCGGACCGGUAUGGAGCCGCGAGGCUGAAGCGCGUCGCCCUGGACCUGGCCGCGUCCAACGCGAGGCGCAUCCAGCAGCGGCCGGAGUGGCUGCGGUUCCUGCAGGACCACCGCGACCUGGUCAACGAGCUCUUCGCCCUCCUCGCCGAGAAGAUACCUGCCGCGCCGCAAUGAGUCCGCGAAGAUUUCUGGAAGACUUGCCUUGAUUGCUUGCUUCUAUUGGUUAUCCUGAUUGCUGCUUCUUUAAUUUUACUUUUGGAUCAGUGCAUUUUGAAAUAAAUCUGUACGCAUGUGUUUUUCAA